AUGGUGAGCUCCUUGUUAUUCCUAACACAAGCUAUCUUGAUACGCGGAUUUAUGGUCAAAGAUACUCGUGAACGUCAGGAAUCUGGGCUUUAUACGACGGACACUGAUCCAACUUCCCGGCUCAGAUCCGUCACCCAGGAGAAAGACUUGGACGAAUUCCUAAACACCGCGCAGUUGGCAGGUAUGGAAUUUACAGCGGAGCGGCGAAACAUAAAGAUCAUCCAGUCGCCUGCUGGCUCAUCUCAUAACCCGUUCCUACUCAGUGAUCAAGAGGAACGGUCCACGCUUGUCAAACACCAAGAAAACAAGUCCAGGUUAAGGGUCCCACGUCGGCCGCCCUGGACCAAGUUGAUCACUACUGCCCAGCUGGACAGGCAAGAGAAAGACGCAUUUCUAGAAUGGAGAAGAGGACUAGCAAGACUACAGGAGGGCGAAAAAUUCUUACUUACCCCGUUCGAGCGCAACAUCGAAGUAUGGCGUCAGCUGUGGAGAGUCAUUGAACGAUCCCAUCUGGUGGUCCAGAUUGUUGACGCCCGAAAUCCCCUCCGCUUCCGUUGUGAAGAUCUCGAGGCGUACGUGAGGGAUGUAGAGGGCCCCGAAGGCGAAGCCGGAACUGGAAAAAAUCUGCGAAAAAAUCUGCUAUUAAUUAAUAAGGCAGACUUGUUAACGGCGACACAACGACGGAUAUGGGCAGAUCACUUUGACUCGCAACGCAUUCAAUAUGCAUUUUUCUCUGCCGCCAACGCUGCUGCCCUACAGAAAUUACGGCGCGACGUACCUUCACAGCCUGACACUCAGCACGUUGAGACGAAGCAAGCUUUAGAUGAAGACACUGAAUCCUCUACCGGGGAUCAGCAUGCACCUCACGACAAUGGCAGCGCGGAUGGAUCAGAUAGCGAGGCCGAUCUUCCCGACCUAGAGGAGCAUGACGCCUCAGAUGAUGAGUACGGGUAUGUACAUACAGAAGAAGAUACACCAGAUGGAAGGGACCCAAGAACGAAGGUGUUAUCUGUGUUAGAACUAGAAGAGUUGUUCCUCAGUUCUGCGCCAGACCCCUCAUUAUUUACUGGUUCCUCUGGUUCCCCGCCAACGAAGCUGGUCGUUGGCCUUGUGGGGUAUCCGAACGUCGGGAAAUCGAGCACGAUUAAUGCACUUCUAGGCGAGAAGAAGGUCAGCGUGUCGUCCACUCCGGGAAGGACCAAGCAUUUCCAGACGAUCCACCUCUCUUCUACGAUAGUCCUUUGUGACUGCCCUGGGUUGGUCUUCCCCCAAUUUGCCACUACAAAAGCGGCCUUGGUGUGCGACGGCGUCCUACCAAUAGAUCAAAUGCGGGAAUACACGGGGCCUGUUGCCCUUGUCGUAAAGAGGAUUCCAAAGGAGGUAUUGGAGGCGACGUACGGGCUAAGCAUUAAACUCAGACUUGAAGAGGAGGGCGGAGAUGGCAAAAUCACGGCAGAGGACCUCCUUAUCGUAUACGCUAUUGCUCGCGGGUUUAUGCGCUCGGGACAAGGAAAUCCAGAUGAAGCUCGUGCUGCCCGAUACAUUCUCAAAGACUAUGUCAGCGGCAAGCUACUAUUCUGCCACCCUCCGCCAGGUGUAUCUGAGGACACGUUCAAUAUGCACACGCACGAGCUUUCACAAAAGCGGAUGGCGGGAAAAAAACGCGCGCCGCUGACUCGGGUUGGCAAGGGUGCUGAUACCUUCGUUCCGCCCUCCUUACCAACAGCACCUGGGUCGGAUGUUUCAACUAAUCUGGGGUCAUCUUUGAAAUCAUUGAGCCUAGACCGAGAAUUCUUUGCAGAAGAUGACCUAAUGCGCUCGCGUCCAUUCGUUCAGAGUGCGGGGAAGCACGGCCAGCCGUUCACGCGGAAUCGAAUGUACCCGCACCAGAACAUGGUCGGGGAUGAUGGACGUUUGCUACCACCGGGGGCAAGGGGUGUUGGCACAGGUGCAAGGGAGAUAAAUGGGAAGAAGAACCAUAAGAAAAUGAAAAGGGUAAAACAGAGAAGUGGAAAAGGUUACGACUAGUUACUUUACAGAUACUUGGGAUGUCCAUUGGCCCGUGCACGCUGAAUCAUUCAAUGAUGGGCAAAGACUUCAGCACGUGUCCUAUGCCUCACAAUUACUCGUUCCAGGUGAGGAUGUCGCGGUCAUCCCCAGAGUCGUGGUCGCGUUUGCGAUGAAGCAUGACGCGGUCACGAGAAGGAAAGAGUCGGUUGCAGUCUGAGAGUCGACACGCAUUGCAAUGAAUCGUACACGUGUGACAGAACGAAGUUACCUUGAAAUGCGCAGAUGUAAAUAGGCGUC